AUGGCUAUCGAGAACUUCCCUUUGGAGGCAGACUAUGUCAUCGUGGGAGGGGGAACUGCAGGCUUGGUCCUCGCCUCCCGACUCUCUGAGGACCCCACAAAGACCGUCGUAGUCCUCGAAGCCGGGAAAGAUAUGACUGAAGAUACUCGGGUACAAAUCCCAGCUCUGUGGACCACUCUGAUGGGAUCAGAGGUAGAUUGGCAACUGAAAACGGCUCCUCAGUAUGCCUUGGGUAACCGAAUUGUCAAGUUGACGCAGGGCAAGCUUCUAGGAGGCAGUUCCGGUAUCAAUGGUCAAGCUUUCAUCGCACCAUCUCAAGCCGGAAUCGACGCCUGGUCGAAAUUGGGAGCGGCGGGUUGGACGUGGGAGAAUCUCCACCAGUAUUAUAAAAGGGCCUAUACCCUCCAGCUCCCAGAUCCUGCCACUUGCGAGCAUAUUGGUCUUGCCUGGGUGGAUGACCAAUGCCAUGGGUCAUCAGGCCCGCUCAAGAUUUCCUUUCCCGCCGUCAUUCAAGACCCACUGGCCAAAGCGUGGGUUGACACCUUUAAUACGAUCGGUCACGGUGUCACAGCGGACCCGUUUUCUGGUAGUGCCCUUGGGGGAUAUAGCAAUAUGGCCGCGGUCGAUUUUAAGACCAAAACUAGAAGUUAUGCUGCGACGGGUUAUGGCCUCCCGGCAAAACAGCGACCGAAUGUCGACAUUGUGACAGAGGCAUUGGUCAAUAAGGUUCAUUUCAACAGAACCAAUGACACAGAGGUCACAGCUACCGGGGUUGAGAUCACUAUGAACGAGAAAUCCUAUACCAUCAAAGCUAAGAAAGAGGUCAUUAUCUCGGCCGGUGCUCUCAACACGCCGAAGAUUCUAGAGCUCUCUGGAAUUGGAGACGAGAACAUUCUUCGUCAGUUCAACAUUCCUGUCGUUUUAAGUAACCCUAAUGUUGGGGAGAAUCUCCAGGAUCAUCUUAUGACCGGCAUUAGCUUUGAAGUUGCCGAGGAAGUGGCCACAGGGGAUCCUCUAUUGCGUCAGGAACAUGAGGCCGUACAGAAAGCUAUGCAGCUGUACGCUGAACACAAAGCAGGCCCUAUGACUAUAGGUGGUGUACAGUCAAGCGCCUACAUGCCUUUUCUGGACGACUAUGGAGCUAAGAAUCAAGGAUUCACGAAGGAGCAUAUGGACCGCUUCCUCCCGGACCCUAACGACCGAGAUCAGGCGGUCCGCGACAUCCUCGAACAACCCGAUUCCCCUAAGUGCCAAAUGUUCAUGUUCCUUGCCCAGGCAAAUCUACAUGAGACAGGCAAGAGCUUUGUUGGCCAGGAUCUUCUGCCUGGCAACUAUCUCAGUUUAGGUAUCAUACAGAGUCUGCCCUUCUCUCGUGGCAGCGUCCACAUUUCGUCAGCCGGCCCUAGUGACCAGCAGACUGUUGACCCCCGCUACUUUUCUCAUCCUUUGGACUUGGACAUCAUGGCGCACAACUUGCUGGAUGUCGAGAAACUGCACAAGGCGGAACCUCUGGCCCAUUUCCUGAAACCAGCCGGGCGACGCAAUCAUCCCGAUGCGUUCCUCACAGAUAUUGAAUCGGCCAAAAAAUAUCUCCGCGAUACCGCGACUACAACUUACCACCCCUGCGGUACCGCAGCGAUGCUCCCAAAGAAGGGCGGUGGAGUAGUGGAUGAAAAGCUGCGGGUAUACGGGACGACCAAUUUGCGGGUCUGUGAUGCCAGUAUCUUUCCGCUGAUACCAGCAGCCAACAUCAUGUCUACGGUUUAUGCCGUGGCUGAACGAGCCGCGGAAAUUAUCAAGGCCGAUUCAUAA